UAAAAUAUGGCGGACUUCAAUUCCACAUGCAUAACGAAAGCGGAGAAAACCUCAGACCAAGAGAUGGAUGUUGACCAGGAAACAGAGAACGGGUCUGUCAAUAAGAAGACGGGAGAACUUGAGGCGAAGGAAGGAGUGGGGAACGAUGUUCAGGAUGCAAACGACCCUUUCAAGAAGCCUGCCAUUUUCUCGGCGCCCUCUCUUGCGAGAAGAGCAGGUGUCACACCGACUUGUGCUGCUAAGAAGGUCUCGCCGGAGUCCGACAAGUCAAAGGAGCACCACAAACCCGAGAAGGUGUUGGGCACCGACGAUCUCCUUGCAGGUAAGACGGGAGCCGACAACGAAGAGGAAAGCAACUCUAACGACAACCAUUCCACGGAAAGUGUCAGUGGGACGGCGGACAGCACGAAUCAGUGCGACAAAGACAAGAGUAAAAGCGUCUCCUCCUCCAGGAGUGUAACAUUGCAAAAAGUAAAUCCAAGGGUUUCAGUUAAACUGGCGCCAGUGGGAAACUUUAAACCCGGACCUCCGUUAGCAUACAGCGAACCUCCGUGGGGUGGUGUUAGUGAAAUCCGCUACUCACUCGAGAUCCUGAAGAACGGCGCUAUCGUGGACACGGUUCCGCUCACCCAGAGUAGCUAUUUCGUUGUCGGGAGGCUACCUUUGUGCGAUGUGUCUUUGGAACAUCCUUCAAUUUCAAGAUAUCACUCUGUGCUCCAGUACCGACUGUUCCCCGGCGAAGAGGGUGUUGUUGGGGAAGAGUCCGGUUUCUACGCAUUUGACCUGGGCAGCACGCACGGUACUUUCGUCAAUAAGAACAAAAUCCCCCCAAAGACCUACAUCAGGAUCCGGGUUGGGCACAUGCUCAAAUUUGGAGGAAGCACCAGACUUUUUAUUCUUCAGGGUCCAGAGUCUGACGAGGAGGCGGAGUCUGAGCUGACCGUCACCGAGCUGAGAGAGAGAGCCAGGAAGCAGAGGGAGACCUUGGAGAAGAGGAUGAUGGGAGAGGGCUCUGAUGAGGAGGAUGAGAAGGAGGGGAAGGGCGACGAGGAGCCCGGCUCCAGCGGGAGAGGAGGCUCUAAAGAGGACGCUGGCUGCUCCUGGGGAAUGGAGGAGGACGCUGUGCCUGAGGAGGAUGAGAACGAGGAGAACCCCUUCGCCACGGAGUUCCAGGAGGACCAGGAGGCGGCCUACCUAAAGGACCCCAAGAAAGCCCUGCAGGGGUUCUUUGACAGAGAAGGAGAAGAACUGGAGUACGAAUAUGACGACAAAGCCCACGGCACCUGGCUUUGCAGAGUGAAGUUACCGGUGGACGACGCGGCGGGCAGGCAGCUGGUCGCCGAGGUGACGCACACGGGGAAGAAGAAGGAAGCGGCCAUUCAGUGCUCCCUGGAGGCGUGCCGCAUCCUGGAGGCCCGGGGGCUGCUGCGGCAGGAGGCCGUUUCCCGCAAGCGCAAGAAGAAGAACUGGGAGGACGAAGACUACUACGACAGCGACGACGACACCUUCCUGGACCGGACCGGCGUGGUGGAGAGGAAGAGGAAGGAGCGGAUGAAGAGGGCGGGCAAGAUCGAGGAGCGGCCGGAGACGUACGACUCGCUGGUGCUGAAGCUGGCGGGCGCGGAGAAGGAGCUGACUGAAACGGAGAAGAAGCUCAGCGCUUCAGAGAAAGGGGGCGCUCACUCCUCCUCGGAGGACCCUCUGGACGCCUUCAUGAGCGAGGUGCGGAGCUCGGCCUCCAUGGACGGCGUGGAGCGCAGGAAGCUCCACCUGCACGUGAGCGAGCUGCGCAGGGAGGCCGCGCGACUGCGCCGGCUGGUGGAGCUGACACGCCCUGCGCAACUACCUGCCCUGCAGCCGGGGAGCCAGUCCUCCGACCCGGGACAGCCCAGGAAGCUGGUCCUGCCGCUUUUCGGAGCCAUGAAGGGAGGGAGCAAGUUCAGGCUGAAGACGGGGACCGUGGGGAAGAUUCCCCCGAAGAGGGCCGAGCUUCCUCCACAGCUGUUCAACCUGAAGGAGCUGCCCCCUGGAGGCGAGGAGGAGGAAGAGGAGGAAGAGGAGGAGGACGAGCAGGGGAAGGACAAAGACUCGUCUGUCGUCCAGGAGACGACCAAUCGGCAGUCAGAGGAGGAGGAGGAGGAGGAGGAGCCGGAGAGCCCAGCCGGAGAUAAACCAAUGAAAAUGGGGCAGAGGAUGCCCCGCCCCCACAGUACUGCAGAGAGAACAGAAUCGGAUAAGCAGACGUCAGACAAGGAGGAGGGAGAGCAGCCUCAAAGCGCCAGAGACGCAUGCACACCUGCACAAGGCCAGGAAGGGGGCGCCGCGAAAACACAGACCCCGACCCCCCCGAAGAGCAAAGGGAAGAGGAGGAUGGUCGGACCCAGCAGGCCGCCUGUUCCCCUCUCCACCCAGUAUCCCGAGGACGACCCCGACUACUGCGUCUGGAUGCCCCCUACAGGUCAGACGGGGGACGGCCGCACCCACCUCAACGACAAGUACGGCUACUAGGAGGAGCGGGGGGCCUCUUCGUCCGCCGUCGUCUUCGUGACCUCCGCGACCUUCAGAAGUGCGGUCGACGCGCGGGGCUUGUGACUCGGCUUGGCACUUUUUCCACUCGUCGUCUUUCCCAGAAGUUUCUCUUCCCUUUCCAGACGGUUCUGUGUGUUCGCUGAUGCACUCGGGUGUCGAAAUUCAGCCACGUGCUACAUUUCGCCGUCCGUUCCGAUUCCUCUACUCUCUCGUCCUGAAUGACUCGUGCUGACUGUAGAAAAACAGGAACAGGAAGUGAUGUCACACACCAGCAGUGUUUUUUUUUUAUUUUUAUUUUUUUAUCCUACUCGUCUACUGCGGAAAGACCUGAAACGAGGACCGGCCUAGUGUUGCGUAAUCAGGACCCAACUUUGAGGACACAUCGAGAAUGUCUGAUAUCGGGAGGUGUGAGAUUGUAUGAGCCCCUACCUUCUGGUUUAGUUACCCCUAGCGAUAACUGGCCUGUCCUUUCUUCUAGAAGAGUCCUUGGCUGUAAAACUACUGCACCUGCCCCCGUUUCAGGUUAUGAACCCCCCCUGCCCCUUAUACUGAGGGCUCCAGACUCCGGAUCGAUAGAGGAUGUACCAAGGCUUGGGGGCCCUGGUCUUAGAUGGAAUUACUUUUUUAAUCCAGAUGGGACAGGACAGGCUGCACUUAUUUUCUGUGUUUUGUGUCCACUUCACUGCUCCUCAGACAGGAUUAUAUACAAUCCCUUCAGUUCCAGCCCCCCUGCUCCCCUACCCCCCAAA